AUGCUGAUAAUAUUGACCUUAUUCAUAAGAAUACUGGCUACUGGAAGCCUCUGGCCACCAACUCACGAAACCCCGGAGUCCAACGUGCCACCCUCAACUUCCUCCUCACCAGGAGAAAGCAAGAAAUUGUAUGAUAGACUGGGCCCACCAGAUGCGGAGAGAAGAAAUCAUGGAAAGGGUAAUGCGGUUGAGACCUGGCUGGAUUUGCCUCGUUUCUUCUUGUUUGGUGCUUUCAACUGGGAAGAAAAUGAGUAUGAUGAGCCAAGAUCCAUGACCUGCAACGUCACAUCUUUGGCAUUCUCUGGUGUCCAUCUUGUUGCCUGGAACUGGGAAUUCUUGUCAGACACUACCGCAUGCUCUGGCGCAUCUUUGGCCCUGAUAAGUACUAUUCCAGGGGUCUUGCUGGUUUACUGUGCGACGGGUUUAGGGUGA